GUUAGAAAGAUUUACGUGACAAAAGGUUAAGCAGAAGUAGCACUUUACAACGAGAGCAUUUCCAAUUGUGAAUCAACAUCCACCCUGCUAAGCAAAGAAAAAAAAGUACACACACACAGGGAGGAAAGAAAAGAAAACACGCCUCUCUUUUGGCGCUGUGUUGAGCCGACUAGUCGAUCGCCCAAAUCAUCUCUUUGAUUUUACAUUUAUCGAUCCUAAUGCUAAAAUUUGUCACUCUCUCCCUGAAGAAAAUUUUGAUCCAUUCAAUAUUUUGUUUAUUUUUUAUUUGUUUUAUUAAGGAAUCGUCAAUCAACUAACGGAUUUUAAAUUGAAGUAUAGAGACUAACUGAGAGAGAUUUAGGGAGAUCACUUUUGAUUUUUUGGUUUCAAUUCGAUACAAACAAAUAAGCAAACCCUAGUUUAGUUUUGAUGGCUACACCUACUAUUAACCAUCAUCAUUCUCACUGGAAUACUACCACCUCCGACACACAGCGAUCAUCAGCCGGCCGUGACGUUUCCUCUUCUUGGACGCAGGUUGUUUGCAGUGGCGAAUCAGAAUCUACUGUUGAGGUGACCUCUUCUUCACCUCCUCCUCCUCCAGCGUCUGUUGAGCAAGUUGUUGUUCACUCCACUGAUUGUGAACAAGUGUCGACAGCAGGUAGUGCGUCUUCGUUAUCAGCAGAAGGUGCUGCUACACAAGUUCAGGUUGAAAGCUCCGAUAGUAAUGGGGCUAAAAAACUGGCUUGGAAUAAACCCUCGAAUGGUGCAGGUGGUGUUAGUCCUGUAAUGGGUGCUGUAUCUUGGCCUGCUCUCUCCGAGUCCACUAAGGCUUCACCUAAAUCCUCUUCUGAUGAUUCACUCAAAGAUCUCUCUGGCGGACCGCUUUCUCUAUCACAGGGCACCGGAAUGGCAUCAGCUUCUCAUACGCAAGCUAAUACUAAAAACGUGAACCCUAAUACAAUGUUGAACCAUGUUGUGCCCAGCCGCCAAAGGUCCAUGAAGCGCGGUGGUGGCAAUUCAAACCAUAAUAAUGUGUCAGCAAACAGUGGCUUUUCUCAGCAAAAGGAACAGGAUUUAGAGGUGGGAACAGUCAAUAAUUCUGGAAAGCCUGGUAAUUGUGGUGUUGGGUCUUCUUCAAGGGAUAAUAGUCAUAGGGAUGGUGGUCAAUGGGGAUUUCAAUCACAUGGUGGAAAUGACCACCAACAUCAACGAAAUACAAAUAGGAGAGGCAAUGUUGGUCCACACUCCCGUGGAGAUGGCACUUAUCAUCAUGGUUAUGGGGGUAGGCGUGAUCAGGAACGUCGGAAUCAAGAUUGGAAACCCCACAGAAGUUGGGGGAAUAGGGAUUCACACAUGGAGCCGCAGAGAGGUCCAGCUAGGCCAUUCCUGGGGGGCCCACCUCAUCCAUCUCCGCCUCCACCUUUUAUACCUACGCCCAUGCCUGGGCAGCCCUAUCGAACACCCAUGGUUUAUUCUGAAGUUCCACCUUUAUUUUAUUUUCCAGGUCCAUUCCCUGAUCCAGUCAGAAUGCCUAUGCUUUCUCCCGUGCCACCUGUCUUCCUUCAUGUUCCAGAUCCCCAGUUGCACACUAGAAUAGUGAACCAGAUAGAUUAUUAUUUCAGUAAUGAGAAUUUAAUUAAGGACACAUUCUUGCGACAAAACAUGGAUGAACAUGGAUGGGUUCCGGUUACGCUAAUAGCAGGCUUCAAGAAAGUAAUGGAGUUAACAGAUAAUGUACAACUGAUACUGAAUGCUGUGAUUUCCUCUACUGUUGUAGAAGUGCAGGGUGAAAAGUUAAGGCGGAGAAAUGACUGGUUUCAUUGGCUCAUGCCGCCAUUGGCUCAGAAUUCAAGUGUUUCAAGCUCACAAUCUCAAAAGAAGCCUAUACUUGUAGAAAAUCUCCGACGUCUUGCAUUUGAUGAUAAGGCUAUAAGACAUGAAAACGCCGAUGCACAUCUUAGUAGAUCAUCAUCUACUGAAUUAAGUACUCCAUCUAAGCAGCAUGGCGAUGGGAUGACUGGACUAGCUGGGGGGCAGCAUUCGCAGCCAAUGCCAGUUGGAAAUCCAAAUUAAAGAGAGAACUGUUUUGUGGCCCAGGGGUUGGUAGCUAUUAUGCUUCUUUGAGCAAUCCUUUACUGUUGCUGAUGGCAAUGACAUCUCAUGAAGGAAAUAGACGGGAAUAAAAGAGAACAGAAUUGGGAUUAGAAUUAUACAAUGUCUUUUAAACUGGCUGCUUGAUUUUGUUGAGAUGUAUAUGUUGUUUUGUUUGGGGACAAGCAUUUUCUUUUCCUUUUAUGCUAUGAUGUUCAUCUGU